AUGAAGCUUUUCGCAACCCUCUCUGUGUUGACGAUCGCAGCUCUGUCUGCGGCCAGAAGCCUGCAGCAUGUCGGUAUGAAGGCCGUUGAGGAGCCGCGUCUGUUGCAAAGGGCGGAGCCUGCACGGCACGGCAAUUUCGAACGAAGACAGGACUCGCAGUAUGCGACGAACAAGACCGAGAAGUCAGAGUAUUCGGUCAACGGAACAGGUAUACCUUAUGUCGACUUCGAUAUUGGUGAAUCAUACGCAGGUUUGAUGCCCAUAUCGAGCGAGCAGAAUUCCUCGGAGCUCUACUUUUGGUUCUUUCCUUCAUCGAACCCAGCCGCCGCGAAAGAAAUUGUGAUCUGGCUAAAUGGUGGCCCCGGCUGCAGUUCUCUGGAGGGCUUCUUGCAGGAGAACGGGCCAUUCCUGUGGCAAUAUGGUACAUACAGACCUGUUCCAAACCCGUGGACCUGGGUGAAUUUAACAAACAUGGUGUGGGUCGAAAAACCAGUCGGGACUGGCUUUAGCCAGGGCACACCGACAGCCACCUCCGAGGAAGAUGUCGCAGAUCAAUUCCUUGGUUUCUUCAAGAACUUUGUAGAUACGUUUGCGAUGCAGGGCUAUACAGUCUACAUCACAGGCGAGUCGUACGCAGGAUACUAUGUUCCCUACAUUGCCAACGCCAUGAUCGGCGCCAACGACACCACCUACUACAAUUUCUCAUCCCUCAUGAUCUAUGAUCCGUCACUCUCAUAUGACGUGGUGCAACAACAGAUUCCCACCGUGCCCUUCCUCGACUACUGGGCACCGCUGAUCAACCUUAAUGACUCCUUCAUGGAGUACGCGCAUCAAACGGCCAACGACUGUGGCUACACAGCCUUCCUGGAAGAAGCGCUCACUUUCCCGCCCAAAGGCCCGCUGCCCACGCCGCCCAAUGUUUCCAACGACAAUGACACCUGCGACAUCUUUGACGUGGCACAGUCGGCCAUGACCCUCGCGAACCCGUGUUACGACAUCUACCAGGUCGCGACAACGUGCCCCUUGUUGUGGGACGUGCUCGGCUUUCCUGGCUCCUUUGGCUAUGUGCCCGAGGGCGCAUUCGUGUACUUCAACCUCUCGGACGUGCAGCGAGCCAUCAACGCGCCCGUGCAGGCGUGGGACGAAUGCAGCACCAUCGACGUCUUCGUCAACGGCACGGACAACUCGCCGCCUUCGGCGCUCAGCAUCCUGCCCAACGUCAUUGAGCACGCCGACCGCGUCAUCAUCGGCCACGGCAUCCUGGACAUGAUACUCAUGUGGAAUGGCACGCUGAUCGCCACCCAGAAUAUGACCUGGGGCGGGCAGCAGGGCUUUUCUGUCCAUCCAGACAAGUGGGGUGAUUUCUACGUGCCGUACCACACGGUGGAUGAUUCGGCACUAGGUGACGCUACGCUCGCCGCCGCCGGUAAUAUGGGUCGGUGGCACACGGAGCGGGGCUUAACACUCGUGACGGUGCAGUUGUCUGGCCACAUGGUCCCGCAGUAUGCGCCCAGCGCGGCGUACCGGCAGUUGGAGUUCUUGCUGGGCCGCAUCCCGGAUCUGGGGACUAAAGGCGCGUUCACAACGAUGCCAGACACGAGUUAUUGA